UCUGUUUUCCCCGGCCACUAAGGAUGGAUGGACAGACAGAUGGAUGGAGGCAUGGGUGGAUGGAUGGACGGAGGCAUGGGUGGAUGAAUGGAGUUGGGUGCCGUGUUGUUGGAAAAGAGAUUGUGUCUCCAGGUUGUGCACGUAAACACAGCGUGUGUGUUAUCGCUGCUGCUCUGUCAGGGUCCAGCGGAGGGUUUAAAAUCGAGCGGCGGACAGAAACAAGCGGACACACGGACGACUUCGGACGGAGACCAGUUCAGCAGCUUUCUGUUCUGGAGGGAUCCGCUCCUGACCUUCAGCGAUGAGCUGCUGGGUUUACUGAAAGAGGGCAACGAAUCACCACAGACAGAGGAGAGGGCGGAGCAAAGGGCGUCGGCGGGCCAAUCGGACGACGAGGACAAAGAGAACGAGCCUGAUGACGAAGAUGACGAGGAGGACGAUGACGAUGGAGGAGGAUGGAUCACUCCCGGUAACAUCAAAGAGGUGAAAAUGGACUCCGCUGAUUGGACGGCUCCAGCUGACAUCAAAGUCGGCUGUCUCACCACCGACUUCGCCAUGCAGAACGUUCUCAUUCAGAUCGGACUUCACGUUCUCUCUGUGAACGGGAUGCUGAUCAAGCAGGCGAGGAACUACAUCCUGAGAUGUCACGCCUGCUUCAAGACGACGAGCGACAUGAACAAAGCUUUCUGUCCUCACUGCGGGAACAGAACCCUGAAGAAGCUGGCGGUGACGGUGAACGAGGAUGGCAGCAUGCAGAUGCAUUUCUCCAAAAACCCCAAAGUGUUGAACCCCAGAGGGCUCCGGCACACGCUGCCUCUGCCUCAGGGGGGGAAACACUCCACCAACCCCCAGCUGGUGGAGGACCAGCGCUUCCCCCAGCAGAGGCUCUCCCGGAAGGCUCGCCAGAAGACCGAUGUCUUCAACCCGGACUACGUGGCCGGAGCGUCGCCGUUCUGUGAGAACGACAUCUACAGCCGAGCCGCCAACCUGCAGAUCAGAGACGGCCAGUGUGGCGGCGGCAGGAGGCGGGCCAACCCCAACGCCACCCGCAGGAAGUUCAUCAAGAAGAAGUAAAGAUGGCGAGCAUGCAUCGUGUUUAAAUUAAAGGACCGGACCGUCAUUUCCCAAAUCAUCCAUCGGCUCACGUGCGACAGAUUAACUCACCAGGUCUUCUGGUGCGUUCAUGGACAGUCAGACAUCCAAGACAUGAGGAUUAACUACAGCUCUAAACACGGUGUUCAAAGCAGAAGAGACGCGCGUGACAGCCAGAGGAAGUCGAUGACACUCGGCGACACACGGGCGAAUUAACUGCUGGCAGCACGAGUGACUCUAACAAUACCAGCUCCAGAUUAUUACAGAUUACAUAGCAUCCCUUAUGGAACGAGCCAGAAUAAUAAAUACAUUAAAAGUGUGUGAAAUUUCA